UUUGGUCGGGUGAGGCGUAUGAGGGUCGCGUUGGUCGCUAAUGCUUUUUCGCUGUUGCUAGUGUCUUACGUGCCGCUAGCUUAGAGAGCUGCUCUCCGUCGGCACUCUCGCCUAAUUCAUAGCAUUUCUUGAGCGUUCGAGGCUCAAACGCCCGUGGACGUCGAGUUGAUGACGCUCGGUAGUAGCCAAUAGUCGUACACGCGCGUACGCGCACAAAACUGCACCAGUUGCAGCAGCAGCAGCAGCAUGCGGCUGCUCGCCUACUGCUGCGCCGUAGCGGUAGUUGCCGCGGCGGCGAACAACCAAAAUAUAUCACACUACGAUGUGCUGCGCGUGCCGGCACACGCGACGCAAGAUGAGAUCUUCGCAGCAUUCGACGAGCGCAAGGCCGCGCUUGAGCAGGAAUUCAUCGACGGCGACGCCGACGUGUGGUUCCAGCAGAACAAGGACCAGCAGAUCGCCUCGAAAUUCAAGUCGUACGACGCCGACGCAAACGGCCUCCUGAGCCGUGACGAGGCCGCGCAACUGGUCGUAGAGUUGGGAAUAGAACUCGAUGGAGAAGAGCACCCCGUUGAGUCGGCCGGGAGCUGGCGGCGAAAAACGUCGAAGAAUAAGGAGGCCGCCUUCUCAUCCAAAGGGCACCUGCUGGCUGUGUUACAGUACAAUUCCCUGCGAGUCGCGAGAAUCGUGCUUGGAGACGAAGAUUCGAGAAGAGAGUACGACGCUGUGGCGGAUCAGACGUGGUACUCUUACGUCGCCCUCGCUUUUCAUGAAGGUAUUUACUUGUGGUCUUUCGUCGGGAUCUGUGUGAGUACGGUUUACGUGGUCACGUACAUCAGCUCUAGGAUUCAGCCGGCACCUACGUGCUUCCGACGCUGCGCGACGUUCUGUGGUUGUGUUUUACGGGAGUACGAGUACUGGACGUUACGUAGAAUCAUUCCCGUCAUUGUUUGGUGCGGGCCGGCUACCCGCUGGCAGGCAAUAGUACAGGCCAUCACGCCGUUCUAUCGCUUGCACGAUAAAAUAAAAACGGCACCGCCGCUCGUGCAACACAGUCUGUUUACUGUUGUGGUUGCCGUCCUACUCGCGUGGCUCGUUCCUCUUUUGAUGCAGGUUCUCUCGAGCCCUCUAGAUACAAUGAAGACCUGUAUGAGAUGUUUAGGAGGAGCGGUCUGGACCAUCGCGAAGAUCGUCGUGUCAUGGGUGGUGUGGUCCUAUGGUGUCUUUCUCUUCAACGCGCACCCGUAUAUAGCCAUGCCGGGGUGUGUCCUGGUCGUCGUCGUGGCGCUCUACCUGGGCUACACGGUCGUUAUCACAAACGUAGGGUUUCCGGUAGCUAUUGUAUAAGUUUCGUGAGUGUGGCCUGUAUUUGCCUGGGA